UCUAACGUCUGGCAUUCCUGUUUUUUUCGUGCGGGUAAAAUCACGGCUUUCUAUAGCGCGCAAGCCUUUAUCGUUUUGUUUUGUAGAAUUCGGUAAGUUAAGUGAGUAUCUUUGGUAAGCUGACUAUGCUGAGUGUACGCCGAAUGAAAUGUUAGCUGAGAAAAAGCGUUCACGCGUCAAGGAAGUGUGUGGGAAAAUGAGUUAACCGUGUGUUAACGCGCAGUGGUCAACAAUCCGUGGAGGUUUAGUAAGGGAAUAUAUAUCCAUAUUCAGGACCUGAUAACGUCGAGCAUUUAGAGAGACGUAUUUAGUCAGAACAAAAUGAGUGCAUCGGCCUUAAAAUCAACGAUACCAGGAGUAGGUACCUCACCAGCUUCUACCACUCACUCCAUUCUUCCAAUGAAUGCGAUGGCACAAAAGGUUGUACCAGGCUCAGAGCCAGGAGCCAUGAAGCCUUUACCAGGAACUGGGUUGAGCUAUGUCACGUUGCAACCACCCAGUCAACCUUUGAGUCUAGUGCAAGAUCACAGACCCUCAGUGUACCAGACACCGCCAUAUGUAAGCGGUAAUUCUGAAAAAGAAUCGGACUUGGACAAAUUGAUUCCGAAUGGAGUAGAAAUUAUUAAAACUGAUACCGAGCAGACCAUAUCUGCUGCUAUCAAGCAAAGCGAGUCUAACAGGAAUAAUAAUCUAAGUCCAGACAAUCCUACACAAGACUCACAGAGAGAGAUUCAAACAGAGCAGGAGAUGACCUCUAUGAGUCUAGAGUUUCCUGCAUUAUGUCCGCCACUACAAAACAAAGUUGAAGAAAAGAAAGCUCCCGUAAAUAAUGGUUCAAAAGAAUCUGAUGCAAUGCCGGUCAGUGCACCUUUGAAAAAGGAUAUAUCUGUGCAUAAACCAGAUGAUGCACCAGCCAAACCUGAUAAUCAGAAGACAAAAGUCACAGCUCAAAAUCUGAAAGUCACAGCAGAUAAUUCUGCAACAAUGCAAUCAAGUAAUCCAUCAAAGGUUGAGACAAAAGUUACUGGUUCACCAAAAGCCAAUAAAAGAAAAUCUAGAGAAUUGAAAGAUUUGAAAGGAUUACAGGCAACUUCAGAUGGAGCAAGUAAGCCAAAACGAAAUCGAAUCCAAACACAGCCUUAUCAGAGUCCGUUACCAGAAAUUGCAUUAAUUGUCAAGAAUUUGAAUAAGCCACCACCAUCAAAGGCUCCUGAUGAUAAACUUAUAGUAUUCUACAAAAAUGAAUUUUUGGCUGUGAGAAAUGCGGAAGGGAGCUUUUAUGUAUGUCAAGCAAUGCAAAAUAUAUAUAAGUCAAGCAGGCGAAUUCGUAUACGUUGGCUUUCUCAAGACAAAAAUAAUGGAGAAAUAUAUUCACCUGACUUUUAUGAUUUUAUAGACUUUGAUUGUAUAUUAACAAAUUUAAACUUGAACAAAGUUGAUAAGAAUAAAUAUCAACUAACCAAGAUAGAAUUAUUGCGUACAGAGAAUAUUUUGAAAAGAGCAAUCGACGUCGAGGCUGGUGUAUCCGAAAAACCACGGGUAACAGAAGAACAUCCGGAUGGACUUGACCUUUCACUCUACAAGGAUGAGUCACAAUUGAAGAGAAGAAAAAGUCACAACUUACAUAAACAGAAGCAAAGCUUGCGUAAAAAAUCGAAACGAAGUGAAAGCUCUUCUGAGAACGAAGCACCUGAAGACGAAUCAGGGAAAAAAUCUCCAAAACCAAGUCGUUCCAAGAAGCGGACUGUUAACAAAGCGUUGGCUAUUGCUAAGUCCGUAGCGAAGGGUUCGAGUAGAGCAGAAAGGGCACUAAACAGAAACACAAAGUCUGAAAAUGAGGCUGCUGCCACUUCUACUGCUGCUACUCCCGCUAAUACUAGUGUAACCACAAGUACUGCUAACGCAGUCCCGUCUGCGGACGGAGCCAAAAACAAUGCUGAUGUGAAGAAGAGUGAAAACAAGAAGAUCACAAAACAACCAAGUAACAACAAUACGAGUGCGAUGUCCAGGACAAAACAACGUGCGACUGCACAAAACACACAACAGAGUAAUAAAGCGGCAGGACGUCCGAAACGCACGGCUGCUACCACAGGUAUUCCUUCAAGCGAAGAGACAGCUUCUCGAAAAAAGCCACGUGGUCGAACAUAAGAUUAACGUAAUUCACACGUUUUUCCUGUGUUACACGUAGAACAGAGUCUGUACCGUAGGCAAUAUGUACACGUAGUACACUCUUUAAAAAUUGCGAUCAAUUUGUAAUGUAAUAUAUAAUGAUCUCAAGAUUCUUAUAUCUAUCAGGUGCUGCAUUAUAUUAUAGUCCAACAAUGUGGGAUCAACAAUUUAUAUAACUGUGCGGCAAAUCGCAUUUAAUUGAAGAAAGAAGAAAAAAGAAUAAGACUCAGAGACUUAUAAGAGUGAUAUUGUGAUAUCAUACAAAAUUUGUACAUAUCGUCUACGUUUCAGAUUCCCUUACAGGAGAAGAAAGUCACGGAAUGUAUGAUGAGAACGGUACCUUGGUUGAGUAAUAACUAUCUACAGGGUGUCACAUGCUAAUGCACUCUUGCAAUAGUCUAUUUUUGAUGUUGUGAAUGAACUGUACGUGAUUCAGUUGAGUUUAAAUGUACACUUUCCAUUGGAUAUGAUAGCUAUGUACAAAUAUAUAUGUCUGGGGCUUGCGCGUACUCUAUGAAAAGAUUAAAACAGAAAAGUGGCUAGAGUACCAGAGAGUAAGAACAAUCCGUGAAUUAUCGAUCUCCAAGUUAUGGAUCGGUAGAUUUAGAGAAGUACAAUAUCUGUACAUUACGCUGAAUCCUUGCUGUUUAAAAAAUAGCAUACAGAAUGGUCCAGCGCCUAUUAUUAAAGACAGGCAGAGAAAAAAAGUGCCCUCAACUGUAAAUCCUUGUCUAUUGAAUCUUUGGAUUCAAGAAAUGAAAAAUCUUAUGGCUAAAAUAAAAAGAAAAUAUGAUGUUUCAUUAUAGCUUAUUUUCGAAUUACUUUUAACCAGUGAAUCGUUAGCAUGAUCAGUUGUUAUAGGAAAGGAAAUCAAGAGAAUCGUGUUGAUUAAUUGCGGUGGUGUCAGACUAUAAUUUAGCCACUUAAAUAUAUUAUUAUAUUCCUUUAAAGAAGAUAAAAUAGCAGCACUUAUUUACUCUGAUAAGUCUGGAUGAAAAAUGUAUAAACAUGCUUUAUCUAUGUAUUAUUUUAUUUUUCAAAGAUUAUGGACAAAGUGUAUAUUUACCGAGAGAUAGAUGAUUAUGAUUUACAUUUCACCAAAUCUAAAUUUCUUAUAGUUUUGCGUAGUUUCUAGUUUCUAUUGUGUCGAAAUAUUGGGUAUAACAAUUUGUAUCAGCAAUUAAGAAAAGGGGAUUUAUUGUAAUGUCAUUUUAUUGCGUAUUGUACAUUGAACGAAGGUAUCGAGACAUGUAUUUCUUUUUUUCUUUUCUACGUUACGGCGAUACAGUAAAAUACCUUACAAGUUAUAUUACGUAAAAGAUAAGAUAAAAAUAUAAAACGCCUUUGGUUUUUUUCUAACGAAACCGAAGACAGUUCGUACCAAUUUAAGUUAUAAUGCUUUUUAUAAUCGAAAGAAAUUCUGUCUCCGGAGAUGUGUGCACUUACCUUUAUGCAUCGGCCGUUGAACAUGCACAAACAUAAAACGGGAAAGUAGGUUUCUCACUUACAUGAUUUUAUCUACGUAUGUACAUAAUAAAGAUUAGGUAAUCGAAAUUGUGAAAAUGAAUACAAAAAUUUACGAGCGUUUGGAAUCUUGAAGGCUAAUGUAUCUUAUUCAUUUGGGUAGAGUGUCUCACUUUAUUAUUGUGUGUUGCAAUGGAACGAUUGCAAAACUUCGACUUUUGUUUUUAACAAUCACCGAACCCAUGUACCGAUGUACAUAUACUUCAUAAGCUUACACAACAUAAUAACAGAAGGACGCCGUUUAAAUGAUAGGCAUAUUGACUUCUAUUGGAAAUAGGAUAAUUAUUAUAUUAAAUGGUUAACAAAUGGAUUUAAUUCAUGAGAUGGGAGAUGAAUAAGAUACCAAUCCUGUCAUUGGUCCAUUGCAUAUUGUAUUUAAAUAUACACAUACAUAAUGUAUAAAUUUAAAGUAUAACGCAAACGUAAUGUAUAAAUUUAGUAAAAGGAAAAAUUCUAACGACGAAGACCGAGAAAUUUGCUUAUAUUGUUAUAUCAAAUGAUUUUUGCUUUCGAAAGCAAAACAAACAAUUUUCUUUCCAAGAAUCAGUUGUAUGAUAUCAAAGUAAUUCGGAGGACGGUGCAAAGUAAUGAUGAUAAUGUUAUCAUUCAGCGUCAAUGGAAGACAUGUAACAUAUAAAUGAAUUUCAAAGUCAAUCUGCACUUUAUUGUUUUCGAGAGGCGAUCAAUUUCACGACGCGUAUAAAUACAGCUCUCGAUAUUCUUCUCGUGAGCCACUUCUAUGUCUAAGACGAAAUACCUAGUAUGAAGGAAACUGAAUCGAAAAGCAACGAUGCAUUUGCGUGCGGGCUGAUAUUUGUUGAGAAUCCGAUGAAAUCUAUGUUUAAAUUCCAUGGAUUAAAAUUUGAAUGUAUAUAUUGUGUAGAUCAUUCACUACGAAAAUCAUCUGUCGCUUAUACACGAAUAAAAUUGAAAACCAUGUUAAUUUCUUUUGUACGCGACAAAUGUUUCAUUUAAGCCAGUCAAUCCCAAAUUUUCUUAUCGCAGUUGGUCGUCGUCGGUGUACAAAAUGUUCAUUUUUCAUUUCGAUCGAUCCCGACUGAAUUUUCGAAAACGAACAGCUUGAAAGGGAAGCCAAAGAUGUGUUUGCUGCAUGCAAGUGUAUUUGAAAUUCAAAGUACAAAUAGUUUCUCAUGAAAGUAUAAAAACUUUAUGUCCGAAUUUGGGACACACUGGUUUAAAGUAUGUAUUGCGUUCAAUGAGAUCUCAACUACCUCGUGAUACGACUUAUUUUCCACAAUAUUGUACAAUUCUAAUUUCUAAUCGCAAUAUGAAUUUCUGCUUAUAUUUUAAGUAAAUACAUAAUAAGGCACUUCGUGUAACCAUCUGAAAUAUCCUUCUCGUGUAUUUCUGAAAAAUUCGCUCAAUGAAUUUCCAAACAUGCCGAGACGUUGUUCAACAAUAUUUUAUGCACUUUGGUCAAAAUUCUGGGUAAUAAUACUUUCUGCAGCGUACUUAACUUCAUAACAGCGUUCUUGUUUCCACCGAGAAGGAUGUUUCUCAUAGUGAUAUCAAGUGUCUUCCGUUUCGUAUGAUUCGAGCAAAUCUAAAAAGAACCAUCGUUAGUUUACUGUGCCAAUUGUUUGAAAACUUUUUAAGCAGUAUUCCUCUGACAAGAUCUGUCUUACGACGCAUGAAAUCAAUUAUUGGCUCUCGCUUGACUUCCAGCACUGCUUCAAUGAAUUUACAGCGUAUGUCCCUAAUUAAUCUGAAUGUCACGAUUGCAUUCGAAUUAUGUAAUAAGCACACAAACCGUAUUACGCGUGUCGCAUUUGAAUAGACGUUUAAAUAAUGAUUAAAUAAAAAAAAGAUUGAGCGAUUAUCUCUAAGUAUGAUUCUUAUAAGGAUGAAUAUUUACAUAGAUAAAAUGUACAGCCCACAUGCGAAAAUAUCGGGCUAUACUUGAAAUACGUUCCGAGAAAGCGGUCACUUUUCCUUCGAGAUCGUGUGAAUUUGGUAUAUCUAUUCAUCAUAAAAAAGAAUCAGCAAUAUUUAUUCAAUUUGUGCUGUCGUUUACAAUGUGACCAUUGAAUCGAUUUUCAGAUUUUUGAUGACGUUUUUAAUGUGUUUUAAAAAAAGAAACAAAUUCGUUCAUUUUAAACGAUGUUAUCGUCAGAUUUCUAGUUUUUUAUUAUUUUUUUCAUUGCUAAAUGUUCAGUAUAUCGUGACAUGUUUACAGAUGUAUAGCAUACCCUAGCCAAAUCUGCAAAAGCUAAUUAAUUCAAAAUCGUUAACGAUCGAGAAACUUUCAAUCGGUGCUGGAUAAUACGUAAUAAUCAGUUUUUAUGCGCAUAGCUAGGAACAUAAUCUACAUUUGAAGUUAUAGUUUCAUCGAUGUUUCGAUCGAGAAAAUUCGAUUCAAGUUUCGUAUUUGAUCAACGACAAAGAUCGAAUCGGGAAUCAAUUGAAACCGAGCGCGCGCGGCCUACUUCAAACUCAAAAAUUUGCGAAAUCGAUCCCAAGGAACGAGAUUACAAUAGAAAACAUCAAAAAAUUCUUCGUAUCGAAAACGUGUUUCAAGUAGGCGACCCCGAUUCCUUUUGAGAUUCAUUUUUCUAGAAGUUAUUCUAUACAAUUUAUACGCGAUUCUACCAUUAGGAGCGUUUUAAUUACAAAACAGCCUCGGAUAACUAAUUAUACGGUUAAUGCGAACUUACAAAGAACCUUUUAUCUGUCGUACUGUGUACUUUUUCCUUUAUGUAUACGUUAUACCAUAAUUUUCUUCGAUUAACCACACGAGUUAAUGAUGGUUGGUGCAAUCUGUAUGUCCCCUGUGAUUUAAGUUCAUGAUGAAUUGAGAAUCAACGUUUUACAAAUAAUAAAAGAUAUUGUGAGUUUGGUGA